GGCGGUGGAAAGUUGAAGGGUCGGGUCACGUGCACGAAGUAUAAAUAGUGCUGAGUCAUAUGCCGUCAUUCCAGAAAUCUGCCAGAGAUCGACCGGACAUUAAAUUGUCUGGGCUGUGGUAAAUAUUAUAGAACUCCUACUGCUUACGAAGAGUGUUUUUUGUGAAAGAAAUAUCCACAAACAGCACAAUGGCAUCAUGUCGAGCGCUCAGCACAGUGGCAUCGUCCACAAGGAUGCUGAGGCCAACCAUAAUAACCCCAAGGGUUCCAAUCACAUCCGCAUACAGAUGUCUUCACCAAACCGGAAGACUACCGUCGAUGGGGGCGACAAAUUCAUCGAGGAGACCAACCCUACAGCCAUUGCACCAGCCAUCAACUAUACUCCGCCCAGCGGCUGCGGCUGGAGGUAGCCGUACUAUAUUUAUUCAGACGGAGAAUACACCCAACCCGGAUGCUCUCAAGUUUCUCCCCAACCAGCGGGUUCUACCCGAGGGCCUCUCGACGCCUUUCAUUGAAUAUAUGUCGCCGCGCUCAACUCUGGCGCCUCCACAUCCCUCUCCGUUGGCAGCAAACUUGAUGAACAUCGACGGGAUCACAUCUGUGUUCUAUGGAGUAGAUUUCAUAACCGUCACGAAGGCCGCCGAUGCCAACUGGGCGCAUAUCAAACCCGAAGUUUUCAGCCUCAUCACUGAAGCCGUUACUUCCGGACAGCAUAUGGUGAACAUUACAGAGAAUAAACCAGGAGAGCAACAACAUGAGGGUGCGGAGGAGGACAGUCUUGCAUAUAACGAAAAUGAUAGUGAGGUUGUUGGAAUGAUCAAGGAACUCCUGGAAACACGGAUAAGACCUGCGAUUCAAGAAGACGGUGGAGAUAUCGACUUCAAGGGGUUUGAAGGGGGGAAUGUAUUGCUCAAGCUCAGAGGUGCCUGCCGUACAUGCGAUUCGAGCACGGUCACAUUGAAGAAUGGUAUUGAGGGAAUGCUGAUGCACUAUGUGAGUGAACCCCCCCCCUUUUUGACAAGAAUCACUUUCCAACAUCAAGCACAGAUUGAAGAGGUAAAGGGCGUUGUUCAGGUUGUAGACCAGGAAGAGGAAGUGGCUCUAGCCGAGUUUGCAAAGUUUGAGGAGAAACUGAAACAGCAAAAGGGAAGUGUGCCAGCAUCAACAGAAGGCAAGGACAGCCUAGACAGUGUGCCGGGUUGAAGCAUCACGUACACUGUAGACUGUAUAGUAUGGCGAGGAUUGGAUGUAUACCAGAACAAAAUCACAGGGAUGGGACAUGCGUGUAUAUACCCAAAUGAAGCAUUGUGCAGACAUAAUUGGCCAGGGUGCCACUUCCCGGCUUUCUCGGUGUGCAGGGCCCAUCUCGACCGAAGCCGAAGCCGAAGCCGAAGCCUUCUUGUAAGGUGGUGCUGAAUUGACGUAGUGGUGGGAAGAGUAGAAACACGGCCUGGAAAAGUAAUGCUGUGGAAGGAUAGGUUAUAUCAAAGAGUCACGAGGGGUGGGUUAAACAGUGGUAGUAAGUUUUGUGUUACCGUGAAUCCAACGCCAACCGCCGUCAACCAGUCAACAUCAGCCAGUGCUACCAGAGACUUGGGCUUUGUCGAGCUCUUUCUCGUGGUUCCCACCCCACCACACUUUGUUCGAAAUAUGAACGGAAAUAGCUAGGUGCAGUAGAGAAGAUGGAUGGCAUUGACGACAGAUGGGACUGUGAUGUAAUAUAUAGAGAUCGAUAAUGGACUUUGGCGGCUCAGUACCCGUUGUAUUGUGAAGUUUUGGAGAGAUGAUUGCUAGGGGACCAAGCAGUGCAGAAACGACAGGUAGAGAAGGGCAGAACUGCGUGGAGGGGAAAGAGGGGUGGAUUGAUUAAUCAUGGGGCACAUGGGAGAUGGGUGGAGAAGGGAGAUGGGUGGAGGAGGGAGAUGGAUG